GAAAAAACGAAAUACAACAUUUUUCUUGGAUAAGAAAACUAAGAACAAUAAUGGCAGUUUGUGCGAAAGGUUAACAACGAAAAGAACCGGAGAAUGAAAAGGAGCAUGCGCAGAAAUACAUAACACCAUUAAACCUCAAACGAUCUCAACCCGAGAGGGGAGAAAUAUAGAGUCAAAUGACGGAACAAUAACACGAAAUUCUCAGUAGAGUGUGCGCAACGAGGAAUGGUGUUUGUUCUAAUCUUAUUUUUCUAAUUUUUUUCAUUAAAAAUACAAUUCAAUCAUUUUCUAUAUCUGAGAGAUGACUGUUGAUAAAUGUUUAUGAAAUAGUGUAUAUAGUGAACUUUAAAAAGUUUAGACUUAACAAUCAAAAUAUUUUAACAAUUUUAAAAUACAAUGCAAGCAGAUUUGUAGUUACAGUUUAGCAGUUUAAUUUUCUUUCAUGUAUAGUUUCUUUAAACAGUGACUCAAAAGAUAUCUUUGUUUGCUUGGUUAACGUGGAUCGUCAAUGAUCUACACGGAUCAAAUAAAACAGCUACAAAUAUGAAGAAAUUAAAUAUUCCUAUAUGUCUUCUGUUUCUCUUCAUAAUAUGGGGAGUAACUAUUAGUAUACAUUAUGACCCUACAAUGAUCGACGAAAUGCGAAAUAAACUAUUACAAUUGGAGAAAAUAGUGGAGAGAGAUCUAUUCCAUUCUAAACUAUAUCAAUUUGAAAAUAACAAAGAAGGAAAGUAUUUAUGGCUCAUAAAAAAGUUCAAGAAAUUUGGUGAUGAACUAGAGCGAAACAUUUCGAGCAAUAGUUAUGAGUAUUUGAAUGCAUUGAAUUCCAUUUGGUUAUGGGCUAGAACAGAAAACGAAUUACAAGGGAUUAACGGUUUGUACCGAGUUUUUCGGAUGAUGCAACAGGAGAUCAUUAAUGGAAAAGUUGCCCUUGAUAUACCAAAACUGGCUGAUUUCUUGGAUACGAUUCUGCAUGAUCCGAAUGCGUCGAUCGUGAACGCUCUUUCUCGAAUCGGUGACCUGAUAGUGCACGAAAAAUUAUUCGUUUCGGUUUAUCAGGAAGCAUCUUCACAAAUUUGCAAUGAAAAUCAGUCGCUUCAACAAUUGCUAUACAAUUUAUAUACCACAAUAACAUUGGCGGAAAUUAAGGGUUACAGUAUGAUUCAGUUCUCUUAUAAGAUAUUACGGCUUUACAAUCCAGGAACAAAUUUCACUGAUGAAAUGGAAAUAGUAAAGCAACAAUAUGAGACAAGAACGACAGAAACUUUGCGGGCUGUAAAAACAGCUAUGGCAUUUGCUCCACGACAAAUUUGGAAAUGUGAUGCGAGAAUACAUAAAUUAGAUGAAACAUAUACCAAAUUAACACAAUUAUUCCAAGGAUAUAUUGUGAAUGAAGUGGAUUUGAAUAAAGACUCGUCUUGUAGAGAAAAUUGCGCUUACUAUGAAUAUUCAAAAGUUUAUGGAUGUUAUAAAAAUCAGUUUUGUUCUCAACAACGUAAAUGUAACGGUAGAAUAUUGAAAUGCGAAUAUAUUGAUUCUGAUAUGUGGAUUUGUCCUUCGUCUGAACAUAAUGAUCGAAGAUAUGAAUACAUAGAAUACGAAAACGGCCAGAUAUUUGGAGAAAAAAGCACUUGCAAUAAAGGUACAACCAAAGUUGAUAGCUGGUGGCGUUGGCUAUUUUGGCAUUGUAGCUACUGUUUUUGCUAUUGUGAUGACAAUAAUAUGAACUCUGAUCGAUACUUCAGUUUAAGAAAAGUUGUAUCUGAUAUAGAGAAUAAUAAAGUAGUAACAGGUGUUCGAUUUAAAAAAGUCAAUCAAAUAAUACAUAUACAAAUACAGCAAGGUGAAUUGAUGCCACGUGGAAAUAUUGAUAAAACCAGUGUACAUUGGAAAUCAAUUGAAGAAUUUAAUAUAUUAGAUAAUAAUAUCAAAAACGGUGUUGAUUAUCAUACUUUAUCAUGGGAAAAACGAGGCUUGGAUCUAGACGAUUUAGUCCUUGACAAAAAUUAUCUUUUGACAGGUUUCAAGUUUCGAAUGGUUGGUUCACGAUUGAAUUUAGAAGUAAGAAUGACGCCUUUUAAUUUCACAACUGGAAAAUUAAUAGAACCAUUAAACAAUAGUUUUUGGUUCAGUCAUGAUCGAACCGAUAGAACUGAAUUAAAAUUUGAGAAUCCUAAUAUACCAACUAGAUUACCUCUUCUUGCAUUACCAGACUCAAAAACAGAACAAUAUCUGAAUUUUGCACCAAGUGAUCGUAAAACUGAUGCUGCACAAAAUACAAUACCAUUUCUUGAUGUUCAACCGGUAGAAUCAAAUCCACCAAUUCCAAUCGCAGGUGCUGGUAUUUUUCAUAAAGGUAGAUUAGGAUCGGGUGGAUAUGUAGCAUUAAGAUUGAUUACAUAUGAUUUUAGUAAACAUUUACAAGUUGAUUUACCUGUUAAUGUAGAAACAGUUGUUGAUGCUCCAAAUGAAAUAAGAUCAGUAUGAAUAUAUUUAUGUAUACUAUUAAGAUAUAGUUCAUAUUUUUUAACAUAAA